AUGACAUGCCGGCCGGCAGAGGAGGUCUUGAUUCUAUCCCAGACUACCUGCCAGGCCGUUUCUAGUCUCUAUCUUGAUACCUUGACUAGGGGAUUUGCCACUACCCAUGACUCGCACUGUACCAAUGACGCACUGCAUUAUCGUGGCCCAAGUAGCUAUGGGUAUGCUCGGAGCUUCGUUGGUACCCAUGUCCACCGCAUCUUUGACGUCAAAGUCGGUCAAUUUUGUAUCUUCAACUCGCAAGACAUGCAUGAGGUUGCCGCUAUCGAAUACCCCAAUGCGCCUCGCAUUGUUCUGGCUGGUCAGGCUGCUCCUGUCUAG